CCCUUUUUGCCGUUGGUUCACCCUCCAAUGGCCGCCGUGGCCGGCGCCCCACGCUGAUCCGAAGGCAGGAGCCAGGUGCUUCUCCUGGUCUCCCAUGCGGGUGCAGAGCCCAAGCACUUGGGCCGUCCUCCACUGCAAUCCCGGGCCAUAGCAGAGGGCUGGCCUGGAAGAGGGACAACCGGGACUAGAACCCGGUGUGCUGGCGCCACAAGGCAGAGGAUUAGCCUAUUGAGCCGCGGUGCCGGCCUAGUAAUUAAGGUUUGAUUCUGGGUUGUAAACCCUUUGUCUACUGGAGUCAAGCAGGUUUAGGGUACAUAUGUAUUGAGAUCAUGGAAGAGAGCAUACGCACCUGAAGAGGGCAGCUUCGUGGACAGGGAAUAGUCAGUUUAUUUGAAAGAAUGGCAAAGAAGGACAGAGACAGAGAUUUUCCAUCUGCUGGUUAACUCCCCAAAUGCCUGCAACAACUAGAGCUGGGUCAGGCCAAAGCAGAGAGCCAGGAACUCAAUCCAGGUUUCCCAUGUAGGUGGAAGGAACCCAAGUACUUAGACCAUCAUCUGCUGCCUUCCCAGAUGUAUUAGCAGGAAGCUGAAUCAGAAGUGGAGCACUCUAUACUUGAACCUACACUUUGAUAUAGGACACCAGUGUUGAAAGUGGCAGCUUAACCUACUGUGCCACAACGCUAGCCCCAAAAUGACUUUUUAUUAAAAGAAAUUUUAUGCAUGAUAAUUAUUGAAAUAUUAGAAAAUAUCAAGUAUUAAAAAGAAAAACAUCACCCUAAGAAGAUCAAGGAAUGGUGAGAUUAAGCAAUGAUUUUCAUUUUUAAAUAUUUUGCUUUGUAUUUUUUUCACCUGUGUAAACGUGAUGUUUACCAUUGAGAAGACAAUCCUUUGUAAAGUCUCUAAUCCUAAAUUCUAGAUCUGACUGCUCUCCUUCAGUUAUUUUGUAUGUUUGCCACCUUCUUUUCUCCUUGAUGCAUAUGCUUAUGUUUUUCCUCAAAAAACCUCUUUUCCUUAAACACCACAUUUAUGCAAUUACCAAUGUGUUGCUUUGCCUCCCUUCAUAACUAAAUUCCAAUAGCUUAAAAAAAAGAUGCAACAAGGAUCAAUAUAGUUUUUAAGUUGUAAGUGAAAACUUUAAGGCUUAAUGAAUAUAAGUUGCCAUUACCUUUGAACCCUCCUAUGUCAUCUUCUGAUUGUGUCUCACUACUUCUGUUUCACAGUAGAUUUCUGUCCUGGAUUUCAUGUUUGUCAUCCUUUAUUUUUCUUUAGAUAUAGAGUGCUUUGUUUUUGUUUUUGUUUUGUUUUGUUUAUUUAUUUAUUUGAAAGAGAGAGGUAGAGACAGGUCUUCCAUCUGCUGGUUCACUUCCCAGAUGGCCACAAAGGCUAGAGCCGUACGGAUCCGAAACCAGGAGCCAGGAGCUUCCUCUAGGUCUCCCACGUUGGUGGAGGGACCCAAAGACUUGGGCCAUCUUCCACUGCUUUCCCAGGCUGUAGCAGAGAGCUGGAUCAGAAGAGGAGCAGCCGGGACUAGAACUGGCACCCAUAUGGGAUCCUGGCGCUUCAGGCCAGGGCUUUAACCCACUGUGCCACAGCGCUGGCCCCAGAGUGUUUUGUUUUUGAACAUUAAAUAAGUGGAACUCUACUGUUAGUAUUCUUUCCUAACUUGAUUUUUUUUUUAAGAUUUAUUUUAUUUAUCUUAAAGAGUUACAGAGAGAGGUAGAGACAGCAAGAGAGAGGUCUUCCAUCUGCUGGUUUACUCCCCAGAUGGCUGUAACGGCCAGAGCUACGCCAAUUAGAAGCCAGGAGCCAGGAGCUUCUUCUAGGUCUCCCACGUGGGUGCAAAGGCUCAAGGACCUAGGCCAUCUUCUGCUGCUUUCCCAGGCCACAGCAGAGAGCUGGAUUGGAAGAGGAGCAACUGGAACUACAACCUGUGCUCAUAUGGGAUGCCGGCGUUUCAGGCCAAAGCUUUAACCUGCUGCGCCACAGCCCCAGCCCCAUCCUGACUUGAUUCUUUUAACAUUUUAAGAUUAAUCUUAUUUUGAUGGAUGUAGCAGUACAUUUUAAGUCUAAGUGGUAUUUCAUGGUAUGAAUCUAUUAGUUUACCAAUUUUACUUCUAACCUGUUGUGAACAGUGCUUCUUCAAAUAUUCUAACUCAUGGGACCAGCAACGUGGGUCACUUGGUUAAUCCUCUGCCUGUGGCGCCAGCAUCCCAUAUGGGCGCCGGGUUCUAGUCCCAGUUGCUCCUCUUCCAGUCCAGUUCUAUGCUGUGGCCUGGGAGGGCAGUGGAGGAUGGCCCAGGUGCUUGGGCUCCUGCAUCCGCAUGGGAGACCAGGAAGAAGCACCUGGCUCCUGGCUUCACAUUGGCGCAGUGCCAGCCGUAGUGGCCAUUUGGGGGGUGAACCAACGGAAAGAAGACCUUUCUCUCUUUCUCUCUCUCUCACUAUCUAUAUCUCUACCUGUCAAAUAAAUAAACAAAUAUUCUAACACAUUUUCCUGGUGUGCAUAUGCAUGGCUGUAGGAGUACAGAUCAUGGGUUAUGGUCCAUCUACUUAGCUUUACCAGAUAAUGCCAUACUUUUCUAAAGUAGUUGUAUUAGUGUGUAUUCCAGGGAUAUCCUGUACUCUCCCAACACUUGGUAUUAUCUGACUUUUAUCAAAGGUGUCAUAUUGUGGUUCUAUUUUACAUUUUCUUGAAAAUAAAGAGUGCAAUAUAAUUUUAUGUGUUUGUGGGCCAUUUAUGUUUCCUCUUCUGUGAAGUGCUUAUUCUUGACUUUCAAUUUGACUCUCCUAUAUUGGUAUAUAGGAGUUACUUUAUAUGGUUCAUUUCCCCAUUUAAAGUUUAGGUUUUCUUUCUUCACUUUUUUAAUGUGUCUUACAAAUAUAUUGGUAUUUUCUUUUUUUGAUUGGCGCCUUUUGUUUCUUAAGAAAUCCUUUUCUGAAAUGGGUGUUUUGCCUAGUGGUUAGGAUGCCCACAUCCCUCAUCAUAGUACCUCAGUUCAGUUCCCAGCUCUGACUUCUGGUUCUACCUUCCUGCUAAUGCAAACCCUUGGAGGCACUGCUGAUGGCUUGAGUGAUUAUAUUCCUUCCAACUGGGAGACCAGAUUGUGUCUGACUCCCAGUUUCUGCUCACCCAACCCCAGCUGUUGCAGGAAUUUGGGGAAGUGAACCAGCAGAUCAAAGCAUUCUCUCUCGUUUUUAAAAAACCUUUUCUAUUCUGAACUCAAUUUUUCUCCUAUUUUAAAAAUCUUCAAGUUGGACCUUUGAUCUUUAUGAGUUGAAGUAAAGAUCCCUUUUCAUUCUUUGUGAAUACCCAAUUAUUUCAGUCCUGUUUCUAAAUACAAGAGGGCUUCAGAAACUUCAUGGGAAAUUCACAUUAUCUUGUAAUUCCAUUCUUCCAUGAACUUUUUCAUUUUCUCUUGUAUGUGUGUAUUUCCAUUUGGGUUUUCUUGUUUGUCCCAUUGAUGUAUAUGUGUCUGUACUUCACUGAUUAUUACAAUUUAUGAUGUAAUCAAGUUAUCAAGCAGGGAUAUACUGCCACCUUUCAAAUCUAUGUCUUUUCUGAAGCCAAACAUUAAAGAAAGUUAAAAAUUUGCAACAAUAUAAAAUAAUGCCACUUUUCUCAUAAUUUUUGUUUUGAAAAUAGUUACUUUCAUAAAAUAUAGACUUCACUGUUAAUUUGAAGCAAUUAUUAAUAGGUUAACAUUCAAUAAAGAUAAUGUCAGUGGUAUAUAUUAGGCUUUAGAAAGAGUUUUUGUUGUAGUCAUUUCUUUAAAUGUUACCCAAAAAUGUUAAUCUUUUUAUUUAUCCAUUAUAACUCAUUUCUUGAUCUUGCCAGGAAGGCCUUUUGGCAUAUUCAAACUUGGUUUGACUUUUUGAGUUUAUAUUUGUAUAGGCUUUGGCAUUUUGAGUUGAGGGAGCAGAAAUCAACUGAAUAGAAUUUACAGUUAACCCUCUAUAUCUGUGGGGUUCCACAUCUCAUAUUUAACCAGCCACAUAUCAAAAAUACUAAAAAUUAGAAAUUGUGUCUUAUCCCCUAAACAAUCAAUAUAGUAUAACAACUAUUUGCAUAGCAUUUAUAUUGUAUUAGGUUUUUUUUGUGUGUGUGACAGGCAGAGUUAGAGAGAGAGAGAGACAAGAGAGAAAGGUCUUCCUUUUCCAUUGGUUCAUACCCCCGAAUGGCUAUUAUGGCCAGCGCGCUGCACCGAGCUGAAGCAAGGAGCCAGGUGCUUCUUCCUGGUCUCCCAUGUGGGUGCAGGGCCCAAGCACUUGGGCCAUCUUCCACUGCCUUCCUGGGCCACAGCAAAGAGCUGGACUGGAAGAGGAGCAACCAGGACAAAAUCCGGUGCCCCAACCGGGACUAGAACCCGGGGUGCCAGUGCCGCAGGAGGAGGAUUAGCCAAGUGAGCCGCGGCACCGGCCUGUAUUAGAUAUUAUAAGUAAUACAGAGAUGAUCUAAAGUAUUCAGGAGUUAUAUGAGAAUAGUACAUCAUUUUUCAUAAGAGACUUCAGUAUGUGGGGAUUGUUGUAUCCACAGUGGUCCUCGAACUAAUCCACAGCAUCUAUGCAGGGCUGAUGAAAUGUUUCAGUGAUUACAUUUUUAGAGUGAUUACUUUUUUUUUUUUUUUUUUUUUGACUUAUUUAUUUGAAAGUCAGAGUUUGUGUGCUGGUUCACUACCCAAAAGGCCACAACAGCCAGGACUGGGUCAUAUGGGAGCUAGGAGCUUCAUAUGGGUCCCCCAGGAACUCCAUUCAGAUCUCCCAUGUAGGUGGCAGGGUCUCAAACACUUUUCCCAGGCCAUUAUCAGGGAGCUAUGUUGGAAGUGGAGAAUACGAACUGGCACCAUGUGAGAUGCCACUGUCACAGGUAGUAGCUUAACCUGUUGCACCACCACGCCAUUCUUGAGUGAUUACUUUUUAAAUCGCUUGUUUUAUUACUUUGUCCUUAUGUUCCCACAUUUCACCUUUUGUGGGAAACUACUGUAGUGGUGACUUGAAAAGGCAACAGGGGAAGAUGGGAGCAGAUAGUAUAUUAAUCUGAGCAGCACUUUGAUGUUGUUAUCUCCUUAACAACCAUAGGGAAGAAUAAAUCUCAGUAAUCCCUCAUGUGCACUGAGUUGGGAAAAAAAGUUUUAGGAGAGGUCACAUAUCCUUGGCUGUUGUAAUGAUGGAGUAGAGAUUCUCAAGUAAUAUAUAAUGACAUACUAGAGUGUUAAUUCAGUUUUCUGAUAUGUCCUAAGACCUUGUCAUUGAUAAUAGUAAACUGGAUAAUUUGUCAGGUAUUUUUUCUAAAUUAACAUGGUUUCGUGUCUCUUCAUUUUUGUAAUGAGGAAGGAGAGAAGGGGAAGUACUAGCUGGACUACAGAGCCACUGAAAAGCUAAGCUAGUUUUGAAAGUGUUAAAUGACCUGUCUUCAGUGGUUUUUAGAUGUUAGGAUCCUUCUUACUAAACAGGAAAACUCACAUGGGUCUCCUAUUAGAGCUCAAAUUCCUGUGCACUUUCCAGAGUUGAGCCAACGUGUUGAAGAUUAGGUGUUUUCAAGGUUUGCGUCAGAGUUGACAUGCUUCAAAACAUUGGCUUUCUAAGUCUGGCCAUUUUUGAUGGAUGAGUGAGAUAAAGAAAAUAAAUUCUUUUGCUAGUAACUUUAGGUCAUUUUUUGCCUAGAAAGAUAGAUGUCUGUGUACUGCUGUGGAAAUUCUGGGCAUUAAGUGCACAUUUAAUAGAUUGACUAAAGUCAUGUGUUUUAGGGUAGAUGAGAUAAAAUAGGAGAUAAGAAUCAUUUCAGUUGUUACAUUUACUGAAACUUAAUUGAAAUUUUAUUUUUCAAGUUUUCUUGUACCUAAAGGUUAGGAAAGUUAAUUUUAUAAUUCUAUAUUUUAUAGAUUUUUUAAAUGCUCAUUUUUAUACUUUAAUCUUUCAAAUCAAGAUAUGUGCUAUUGGGGCCGGCACUGGCACAGUGGGUUAACGCCCUGGCCUGAAGCGCCGGGAUCCCAUAUGGAUGCUGAUUCUAGUCCUGGCUGCUCCUCUUCCAAUCCAGCUCUCCACUACGGUCUGGGAAAGCAGUAGAAGAUGGCGCAAGUCCUUGGGCCCCUGUACCCACGUGGGAGACCUGGAAGAAGCUCCUGGUUCCUGGCUUCUGAUCAGUGUAGCUCUGGCUGUUACGGCCAUCUGGGGAGUGAACCAGCGGAUGGAAGACCUCUGUCUCUGCCUCUACCUCUCUCUAAACGACUACAGAAAGAACUGUUGGCUUUGCAAAAUGACCCGCCUCCAGGGAUGACUUUAAAUGAAAAGAGCGUUCAAAAUUCAAUUACACAGUGGAUUGUAGACAUGGAGGGUGCACCAGGUACCUUAUAUGAAGGGGAAAAAUUUCAACUUCUAUUUAAAUUUAGUAGUCGAUAUCCUUUUGACUCUCCUCAGGUCAUGUUUACUGGUGAAAAUAUUCCUGUUCAUCCUCAUGUUUAUAGCAAUGGUCAUAUCUGUUUAUCCAUUCUAACAGAAGACUGGUCCCCAGCGCUCUCAGUCCAGUCAGUUUGUCUUAGCAUUAUUAGUAUGCUUUCCAGCUGCAAAGAAAAGAGACGACCACCAGAUAAUUCUUUUUAUGUGCGAACAUGUAACAAGAAUCCAAAGAAAACAAAAUGGUGGUAUCAUGGCAGAGUGGACAGUGAAAGAGAGACAGACAGAAAGGUCUUCCUUUGCCGUUGGUUCACCCUUCAAUGGCCGCCGCGGCCGGCGUGCUGCGGCCGGCGCACCGCACUGAUCCGGUGACAGGAGCCAGAUGAUACUUGUUGAUGAUGCCACUGUUAUCAUCCUCCUAGCAGAAGAUAGUCCUACUGAGAAAAUGAGCACUUUGAUCAUUCAGUCUUUGAACUUUAACCUUUGACUGGAAGUGACCUAUAGGCAAUGAAGACUACUUCCUUUUACUGCAUUUUUACUCGUGUGCAUUCUGGGCGCAUGUUGAUCGCUGGUUCAGUCCAGGCAACUGACAUGCUUUUAUUAGUCAUACAGUAUCAAUGCAGGUGUCAGGAAAUGUCAAAUAUAAUUCCAUUUUUUAUUUUUAUUUUUUUAAGCUUUUGGAAUAGUUCCAGGUCCUCAUGUAUUGUGCAAUAACAAUGACUUCCCUGGUGGUUUGAAGACGUUCAUUGCCGGCAAUGGACGUUGUAAUAGGAAAAGUUUUCAUUAGCUUCUGCCACUCGAUGAUUAAUGCAUGAUAGGGCCUAUGAAAUGAACUUAGCGGUUAUAGUGGGAUUAUAAAUAAAGUGAGGGAUCCAACAUUACUUUGAAAGGCACCCCAACUGUUUAUAUUUGGAUUCUAUGCACUGUGAUCCUAAGGUUAACAGCAUGAAUUAACAUGCGUCUUCAAAGGACUGUAAUGAAAGAUCAUUGCGUAUUUAUUUAAUUGUUUAUAUCUGCUGUCAAAUUGUUUUGACAUGGAAGGUUUUCAAGUAACAUUGGCAGAGAGGUACAAUAUGUUAUCCCUAUGGUGAAAAUAAAUUCAUUUGUUGUAUAUAAUUCCUCAAUCUCUGAAGUAAAGGUGUGAGUAAUAUAGGGUAUGAAUGGUUUAAUCAAGGCUUUAUUUUGGAAGUAAGAGAAAUGGCAGUGAUGAUUAAAUUGCUGCAGUCCAUAAUUUGGGCUUGUUAUUUGUACAUUAAAGGUUUUUUUCCAAGUAGAUUACACUCUGUUACUUCCUACUAGCCAUCAGCAUGAGCCCUACUGCCUAAACACUAUUUCAUUUAUUUAUGUUUGGAAAAUCCAUAAACAUUUUUGUUUGCAAUCUUGUUUCUUUUGUUAUGUUUUAAGUUGUUUGAAUGUUAUAAUACUUUAAUUGAAAAACUUUUGUCAAGCUUUUUCUUGUAAAUUUUCUUUACUUGUAAGUAUCAUCUUGUCUUCAAUCCUGUAUCCUAAAAUAAGAAAUACAUUUUUGACAGAGGCUUAAUGUUUUAACAAAAAGUGUGGACAUUUUUAUUUUAAUUUUAGGCAAAAGUACACUAUAAAAUGGUGUGUUUGCUUAUUUGUCUCCACAACCAUACAGCUUUUUCCUGAAGGGAUUUAGUUUGUUUUCUUGUUGAAAAGACUGUGCUUAUAGCUAGAUGAAAUUUUUCUAUAGAAAAAAAAGUUUGUUGAAAGGUCCAAUUCUCAGUACCAUGUAAGUUAAUGAUGCUACAACUAGGUUCUCUUUUUAAAAAGUGAUUAAUGUAUUUUAUAAAUUACCUUUUCACAUAUGCAAAAUCUGUUUCUACUACAAUGUUAUUUUUACUAAUGCCUUAUUGUUGCACUCUUUUUGAAAUAUCCUGCAUUGAAUAUGUGGAUCAAUUUGGGCUUAACAGUAAAAGCCAAUUGGCUGAACAGUUUGAAAUAUGUACCCCAGUAAAACCAUCCAAUCAAUAAUUGGUAAAUAAUAUUUUAAAAAUUGUUUUUAAUCUCUGUAUAGAUGACAUUUUGUAGCUUUGUACAUGUUGUUAAUUAAGGGCAUAUAAUUUUACACUCUAAAAGUAUAAUUGCUGAACUCAGGGGUGGGUAGACUUCAAAAUUAUGUCUGCUGUAGAAAUAACUUGAAAAAAAAUUAAAACCAUGGCCAGCCACCAAAUUGUGGACACUGUUAGUUAAUAUUAUCAGUUAGCAACUACCACUUUUUAAAAAUUAGAAACAUUUUUGUUCAAUUUUGACUAGAUAUACAUAAGUUCUCAUAGUGAUCUCAAUCAAUUGUAUUAGUUGGCUGUUUAACCAAGAUAGAAAAUCUUGGAAUUAUUCUUAGUUUUUAGUUUUUAACUGCUUUUAAUAUGAAAAUUGCAGCUAUAAAUUAUAUAGUUUCAUAUUUUAGAAAACUGGUCUAAACUACUGAGUGAACUUCAUCUUUUUCCAGUUGGUUAGCGAGAAAUCUCUCUCCACAUUGCUGGUCCUCCUCACUAAAAUCCUCUUACAAGGAAGUGACCUGUGACAUUCAUUCACCAAAGGAAUUAAUAUACCAGGUCUACAAUUAGCAAUGCUAUUAACUAUAGAUUAAUAGGUCAUAUACAGCCUGAAUUUGAGUUUUUUAUAACAGUAUUUUAACAUACCUCUCUCUCUACAUAUAGAUAACUAUAAAAUGAAGUAAUGCAGAGGAAAACCAAAUAAUUUCAGUACAUUUAAUGUUUUAAAGAGAAGAAAAUAAGAUGAAAUAUCCUAACAGGAGUAUCAACCAUUCACAGUUCAUAAUCAGGUUAACAUUCCUCCUUUGAAAAAUAAGUCAUUGAACACUGCUUUACACUUAGAUUUGAUUAAUUUUAUAUUAAAAUUAUUAGAAGUCAUCACAUUAUUAGAAGUCAUCAUUUAUCUGACUCAUUGCUCUGCAGAGGGCAGUAAAUGGCUUUGUAAUAAUAAGCAGAAUGUUUCUCUGUAAUGUGUUGUUGAAAGACAACCAGAAUACAAAGAAAAUGUACAUAGGAAUAUGCUACUUCCUCCUUCCCUGCUUUUCCUCCAUGGGCACUAGGCCUACAGAGUUAUGUUUUCAUAUCGAAAAUAGGUAUUCUCUUCUUAUUUAUUUAUUUAUUUAUUUUAGGCCAUUCUGCUGGUUUGCCAAAUUCUGUUACAACAGUGAUACAUUCAGUUUCUUAUUUAUGCAUGCUUAGUUCAUGAACUUGGUGCCCUUUCAGAAUUUUUCUUUUUUUGUCAAGUAGGGAUUAAUGCCAUAGGUUUUAAAGAGAAAGAUUGUUUUCAGUUUUUUAAGGAAAAUUUUUAAAAAUAUAUUUUAUGGCCAUUCUCAAUCUUAAGGAGUUAAUAAUAUUCACUUUUACUGGAUUUACUUGUAAUAUGUAAUUCUUCCUUUUAGCCCGCAGGGAAAUAAAACAUUUUUAAUUCCCCAGAAGAAAGUGCUACAAAUAGCUUUUAUAUAGUCAACAACACAAUUGGAGAAAGAUCUGAAUCCUUGUUGUUUUGAUUGGGUAUAUAAAUAUUUGGUAUAAAGUAACUAGAGUAGUUUAUUACACUCACCCUUCUGAAAUUUUAAAUAUAUGCAAAUAUAUAUCAUUAGAUUCCUGUGGUGGGUAAUUCUUCAGAUUCUAAAACAGUUAUCUAGUGGCUGUUAAUUGUCCCCAGAUUGCAUCGAAGAUGAAUUGACAAAUAAUGGAAAUGAGUAGUGAUAAUGAAAAUGGUGUGUAACUACAUAUUGUUUCUAGUAAUCAAGUCUUAUUUUUUAAAAAGUCUAUUGUUUCUGAGAAUUGAGAUAUUUAAAACUUGUUAAAACUUCUUCCUAAAAAUAGAAGAGAAGAGGAGGUACUAUGUGUUCAAAAUUUUUUUAAAUAAAGAAUUCAGUGUCACUA